AUGGAGGAGCUUAGUAAAGAGAAAAAGGCUGCAAAUCAAUCCAAACAACUACCUAAAGACGCUCAAGUCAUAAUAUCCAUCUUACGAGAUUUGGGAAUCGAAGAUUUUGAGCCUAGAGUGAUCAACCAGCUAUUAGAAUUUACUUACCGUUAUGUAACAACGAUCUUGGAAGAUGCAAAAGUCUACGCAAACCACUCAAAAAAGAAAGGAAUCGACUUGGAAGAUGUCAAAUUAGCAUCAACAAUGCUGUUGGACAAAUCAUUUACAGGACCACCGCCUCGAGAAGUGCUGUUUGAAGUUGCAAAACAAAAAAAUUCACAGCCUUUGCUUCCAAUAAAGCCUCAUUCAGGCUUACGACUUCCACCAGAUCGUCAUUGUCUAUUAGCUGCAAAUUAUAAACUGCGUGCUGCAUCAUCGCAAGCGCCAACAAAGAAGCUCGUUAAAUCAGCUAUUGAAGGCAGCACAAUCAAGACAAAGCUCGUGACUGGAAGUCAAUUAGUCACGAAUGUAAUUAAGAAACCAACAUUGGGACAAACAUUGAACAAGACAUCAAGUGUUUCAAUUCCAAAACCCACAUUUAAAGUUGCUAAGCCAACAAUCAGCAUCAAUAAGCCACAAAUUCCAAUAGAAGAUGAUAUUAAGAUGGAUAUUAUUGAAGAAGUCUCAAUUAAGAGGAAGCGAGAGGAUGAAGAUUUUGAUGAUUUAUCUUAA